GUUUCCUGACCAGCCUCCCAUUCCACCCCAUUCCUGAUGAAGAGCUAGUCUGGUAGACUAGGGUCCGCUUCCUCCUUAAUGGGAGGAAGUGUGGGGUCCAGGGAAAGAUUUGGUCCUAGGCCUUUUAAUCCAAAGCCAUCUCUGUUUGCCUUAGCUUGCCCCAAAUGGAGCCCAGCUGGAGGAACCAUGGUGGUCAGGGCCAGAGGGGCUGUGGGUGGAACUUCUCGGCCAGGAAGGAAAAAGGAAUGGGAAAAGGCCAGCUUUCCGGGACUUGUGCUUACCCUGGAUGCAGGCUUUCUGGCUUUGACUCAGUGCACUAGCUGAAGCUGAAGGGAGAAGGUUCCGAAGACCCUCAUAUUUCUCCAGAGUUUGGAUUGGUAGUCCUCUCAGAGGGGAAAGAAACAGACAUUUGGUCCUCCAUAGGACCAGAGUGCUGCUGCCUGCGCUUAGCUCAUUCAGAGCCUGGGGGUGGAAUGGCUGGUAACCUGUGGUUCUACUGAAAUGGGCCGAGGACACUCUCAUUGUUCCUAGUUGAACAUGGGUGAGAAGGAGGAAUGUGAUCAGACAGGGUCAGUGGGAGGGCUUAGCUAGGCUGAGCCAAGGGUCCUUAAUUUAGAGCCUUACACUGCUAGAUAACAAAAGCCUUUAGUCCAGGCACUGGAUCCUGGCAUAGUUCCGGGCCUUUGUCUCCUCCUCUGUGUGAUGGCAAUAAUGACUUUUCCACUUCUGAUCCUUCUCAGUUGCCGUGAGGGUUGUGAAGUGAAACCAUCACAGUUCCAGUGUUCAGGCCCUGCGAUCCGCUUGUUGUCCAGGCUCUUUAAAAGGUGGAACUAGAGCAUCAGUGUGCCAUGGUUCCCAAGAACUGCCCCUGCCUGUCUGCCACUCCUGUCGCAUCUUCUUUUGUUUUCUGUCCCCUUUCUACUUAUGUUCUGGCUUUUCCUUGUACCAGCUCUGGAAAAGGCUCCACUUUCCCAGGCCCCAAGUUGUGUCCCUUGCCUUGCUUGGACCACUCCCUACAGGAUGUUCUCUGCGCCCUUGGACCCCGAUGGGACCGUGUUCCGGCUCCGCUUCACAGCCUUUGUCUGGUGCCCAAUUACCUGCCAUCAGUGAGCUCUGCCAUUGGUGGGGAGGUUCCCCAGCGCUACGUGUGGCGUUUCUGCAUUGGCCUGCACUCGGCACCCCGCUUCUUGACGGCCUUCGCCUAUUGGAACCACUACCUCAGCUGUGCAUCCCCAUGUCCGGGUUACCGCCUUCUUUGCCGCCUCAACUUCAGUCUCAACGUGGUGGAGAACCUCGCGCUGCUCGUGCUCACCUAUGUCUCCUCCUCUGAGGACUUCACCAUCCAUGAAAAUGCUUUCAUUGUGUUUAUCGCGGCAUCCCUCAGUUACAUGCUCCUCACCUGCAUUCUCUGGCGGCUGACCAAGAAGCACACAGUAAGUCAGGAGGAUCGCAAGUCCUACAGCUGGAAACAGCGGCUCUUCAUCAUCAACUUCGUCUCCUUCUUCUCGGCGCUGGCUGUCUACUUCCGGCACAACAUGUAUUGUGAGGCUGGAGUGUAUACCAUUUUUGCCAUCCUGGAGUACACUGUUGUCCUAACCAACAUGGCGUUCCACAUGACAGCCUGGUGGGACUUCGGGAACAAAGAGCUGCUGAUAACCUCUCAGCCCGAGGAAAAGAGAUUCUAAAUCCUUCUCUGAUGCUGGCAAGAGGCAACCCACUGCCCUUCAGAAACAAGAAGCCACUCCAGCCUUCUCCAUGUCCUCUCCAGGUGGGACCUGGGGGAGAAGAGCAGGAGUGGGCGUGACAAGGCUCACCCCAGCAUGCUGGUGUCUCCCCAACCCUCACAGGGAUUUUCAAGAAACAUCACCACUAACGGAAAGGUCCUCAGAACUGCGCUGGCAGGAAAGCUCCACCAUUUGGUGCUAAAAAAAAAAAAAGGUCCUGAGGUUCAUGACUAUCAUUUAGUUUUUGACCUUUAAAUAGACACUUUUCACUGAGGUUAGGAACCACUGAGCAAUGGCUGCUACCUGAAGAUCACAGCCAUUUUGCUCUAGGUCAUUCAUUUGACUGAUGUGUCUAGUGAUCUACUAGAGUGGUUGUAGUUCUAUGAAUUGCCCAGGUGUUCCAGAUGUACGCUCUUCCCAUCAGCCUCACUGUGUUCCUGUGAAUGCCUGCGGGGAAGGCUUUGCCGGCAUCUCUGAGGUCAUCUGAUGGAAGCAGUGCUCUGUACUUGACAGAUGACUUGUCCCAGAAGCAUCAAGCAUAGGAUGUAUUUUCCUUCCCAUCUACAACCACUGGCUUUUUGGGCGAGCUGAAAUAUGCCUGUAAGCUUGGCACACUGGAGGCUGAGACGGGUGGACUGCAUCAAGAUCCAUGCCAACCUGGGCUACAGUGAGACCUUGUCUCAAAAAUGAAAUGUCAGGCAUGGUGGCACAUGCCUUUAAUCCCAGCACAGUAGAGGCAGGCAGAUAUCUGUGAGUUCAAGGACAGACUGGUCUACACACUGAGUUCCAGGCCAGUCAGGGCUAUACAGAAAGACCCUGUCUCAGAAAAAAAACCAAAAUAAUUAACCUCUAAAAUCACAGGCAUAUUAAGACCUUUCCCUCUGACAAAGGGGCAGAGGUAGAUUUCCCUAUUCAAGAAUGAGUUCCUUGAUUUCCUUCAUUUUCUCUACUGCCCCAGAUCCCCAGCUUGGAUUUGUAUAUUUUAUCUCAAAGGACAAUAAAUUUUUUUCUUUUGCCAACAA